CGAUGUUUCCAUCCUGAGGUGAUGACGCGAAAGAGAAGUUUGGCUCCGGGUUAGUUAAGAGAAGGAAAGGGGGAAGCCUUUGUCCGACCCGGCCCAUAGAGAUCAACCUUCCGCUGUCAGGCUAGCUGACGCGGGUAAUACGCACGCGCGAGAGCGCUUUUUUUUUUUUCUUCUCCUUCCAAACCCCAAGGUUCUCACUUCCUAUCCACCUCUCAGGUGAGAGAAGGGAAGGUGCAAGGAGAAGAAAAGGAGGAGGGAGAAACAAGAAGCGGAAAUGUGUGUAGAGAGGCGGGGAUAGGUGGAAGGAAGAGGCGGUAGUUGGAAGGGGUGGGUCAGCAUCCCGGCCACCAUCCCGAACGCUUUGCCUAGUCCUCCGUUGCACCCUUCCAGGAGGUGUCUCCAUGGCAAUGCGCCGUAAAGCACGGCUGCGCAGCUGGUGACGGGGUGACGGGGUGACGAAGGAGAAGGGGUGACGGGAGAGACGAGGAAUAGCGAGCGCAGGAGGGUGUUUUGGUGCCUGUCGCUCACCGUCCUUUUUUCUUCUUUGGUCGCUUGCGCCGCUCAGUCGGACUUCCCUUCCCCCCCCUCCCCUGCCCCUGUCCUCCCUCCAGCCCCAGGCCUCCCCUCUCCUCCCGCCCUCACCGCAUAUUCUGCGUCUCCCCCCCCCCCAGUUCCCUCCCUCCCUCCUCCGGUAUAUGCCCCGCAGCGCGGCCGCCCCCCACUACCCCCGGUCCUGCUGCCCCAUGUGGCUGCGGGGCCGCCGCGGCGUCUCCCACUAUGGCCCGGAAAACAGUUAGCAGGAAGCGGAAAGCUCCCGCAGCGCCGGGGACCGGGAGCGGGACCCAGGGCCAGCAGUUUGGCUGGGAUCAUUCACUAAACAAAAGGAAAAGGCUCCCUCCAGUGAAGAGGUCCUUGGUCUACUACCUGAAAGGCAGAGAAGUCAGGUUGCAGAAUGAGUCCAGUUACUACCGAGUGUUGCAUGGUUAUGCAGCACAGCACCUUCCCAGUCUCCUGAAGGAGAGAGAGUUUCACCUUGGGACCCUUAACAAAGUGUUUGCAUCUCAGUGGCUGAAUCACCGGCAAGUGGUGUGUGGCACAAAAUGCAACACGUUGUUUGUGGUCGAUGUCCAGACAGGCCAGAUCACCAAGAUUCCCAUUUUGAAAGAUCGAGAGCCUGGAGUGGUGACCCAGCAGGGCUGUGGUAUCCAUGCCAUCGAGCUGAACCCCUCAAGAACACUACUGGCCACUGGAGGAGACAAUCCCAACAGCCUUGCAAUCUAUCGGCUACCUACAUUAGAUCCUGUGUGUGUGGGAGAUGAUGGACACAAGGACUGGAUAUUCUCUAUUGCAUGGAUCAGUGAUACCAUGGCAGUUUCUGGCUCACGGGAUGGUUCCAUGGGGCUUUGGGAGGUAACAGAGGAUGUGUUGACCAAAAGCGAUGCCAGGCACAACGUCUCCCGGGUCCCCGUGUAUGCUCAUAUCACACAUAGGGCCCUAAAAGACAUCCCUAAGGAGAAUACUAAUCCUGACAACUGCAAGGUCCGGGCUCUGGCCUUCAACAAUAAAAACAAAGAGCUUGGAGCAGUGUCCCUUGAUGGCUACUUUCAUCUCUGGAAAGCAGAACAUGCACUGUCCAAGCUCCUGUCCAUCAAGCUGCCAUACUGCCGUGAGAAUGUGUGUCUAGCCUAUGGCCAUGAGUGGUCUGUGUAUGCAGUGGGCUCCCAAGCUCAUGUCUCCUUCUUGGACCCACGACAGCCAUCACACAAUGUCAAAUCAGUCUGCUCCAGGGAACGAGGCAGUGGGUUCCUAGUGCAGGGCUCUGCACCCAAGGGGAUACUAUCUAUGCUAAGGAUUUCAAAGGACUCUUUAUGGUAUCACUGAAAACAUUAUUGUCCUAAUCUAAGAGGAGAAAACUGAGGCCAAUGAGACUUCCCAGAGGUGUCAGAGUCGAAACCAGAGUCCUGAGACUACUGAUGCUAUCUCUAUUCCAAGCAUAGGCUGGUUUUCCUCCUAGAAGAAAUAGUGAAGAGCCCUGAUGAACACCUCUUUACCCUCCACAUUAUCAGGAACCAUGAAGUGUUCCUAUAAACAAACACAUAGAAACAGAAGCAGGCUUCAAUCAGGGGAAACGAACCUGAAAUACCACUGGGGAAACGACCCUUGUCAGGAAAUUGCAAAGUCAGAGGAUAUGAUGCUAUGAUAUCAGAAAGACUAAAAGAAGGACAGGGUACAACUGUACCUUGCAGCUUAAAAAAGAGAGAGAGACUUCCUGAAGAGGAAGGAGCUGAAUGCCCUAGGGAGGAAGCAAUCCCUUGGCCUCCAAGAGUUGAAGAAGAACCAACCACAGAAGCUUUCAGGUGAGAGAUUACUCAGUAAAAGUCAGAAUGCCUUUGGUGGUUGGUGGCUCUGCACCCAGAGGUACAGAGACAGCUAUUUGUGGAUGUGAUAACAAUAGAAAAAUCUCAUCUUCCUGGGGCAUGAUUCCAAGAAGUAACUGAAAACAUCCCAAGACUUGCCAAAAAUGGAUGACCACCACCCAGUUCUAGUUAUUCACAUCCUAAUUCUUCAGUUUACUCCUUCCCCAUUACCUACUCUUCCACUCCACGGCAUCUUCAUAAAGGGAUGGUCAAACACGAUCUUGCCAGUGCCCACAAUUGUUCCACUUCCAUGUUCAUGAACUUUGAAAUUCCCUUAUCUGGUCUGUUGUCAUUCCACCUUUCCCCCUCUGCUUUACACCCCAUUUUAAUCCUGCUCUGCAUUGGCAUCCUGAUCUCCAAUUUUUCUGCCCCUCAGUUCUUUCCCAAGCCACCAGACCUGCACUAACUACACUAUUGCCUUCCUGAUCUUGACCCCUAUAAACCAUUUCACUUCUAUAUUCUCCUCUUGAGUUCCUGGACCCUUUAUCCUAUCACUACUCUCCCUCUGUCAAGCCUCAGCCUUGGAUUAUCUCCACCAUUCACUGCCUUUGUUCCUGAUCCCUUGUUGAACAGAACCGGAGAAAAUCGCAAAACUGGGUUUCCUGAAUCCUCUACAAAUGUGUAUUUUACAUUAUAUUUAUAUCUUAGAUGUUUUCACAAUUCAGUCGUUCUGACUCUGUCCCACUCACCAAAGUGGUUUUUCCAAACCUUCCUUCUUGAAUCGCCCUUGGCUCUCCCUUCUCCAACCCUCUUGUCUGAGAACCUUGCCUCAGGUAACACGGAAAAAAGUUGAGGCUCUUCACCUAGAAUUCCUUUUUCUCUCCUCCUCUUCUCGCUCUAUUCAUAUGCCUUUGGCCAAUAUCUUCUCCUUCAAUCCCAUUUUACAUAAACAGCCCUUCCCCUUACCAAAACAAGUCCCUCCACAUGAACCAGCAAUGCAAUUCCAUCUUGUCUUCUCCAGGACAUCUCUGUCAAUCGAACUCUCGCCCAUCUCCACUCUAUCUACUUGUUGCUUCUAUGUUGACUACAAACGUGCCCAAGGCUCCCCUAAGCUCAGAAGACCCUCAUUCGACCCUCCCAUCCAAGGGGCGUGCUGGACCCAGCUCGUACUGGCUCACAAGAGCCAGUUUUUACAUUUUCAGUUGGAACAUCGACACCUCAGAAAUUGGCAAAUAAUACAAACCAGGACUUGAUUCAUAUCAUUUUUUAAUGGUCUGUACUUGAGAAAGUGGUGCAGAAAAUGUUAAUGAUGCAGAUUACACUUAAAAAUGGACGGCUUUUUCAGAGAACUGGUUGUUAGAAGUUUACCAGCACACCACUGCCUCUGUCCCAAGUCGUUUUCAUCUAUCGGUCGCCUGCCCUUUGUGGCUAAACCUCUUGAGAAGGCCAUCUCUGGUCGGUGCCUCCAUUCCCUCUCCUCUCUUAGCCCUUUGCAAUCCAGUUUUUUACCUCCUCAUUCAACUGACACUGCCUUCUCCAGAGUUACCAGUGAUCUGAUGGCCUCUUCUCAGUCGUCAUCCUUCUUGACCUCUCUGCAGCCUAGGACAUCACUAGUCACCUUCUCUGUGAUGCUCUUUUACAUCCCCAACUGCCUGGUCAGCGUCCCGGAUGUCCCCUGGACGUCCCAAUUAGAACUCACCGUCUUCUGUUCCAGCCGCCAAACUCCCUUCUAACCAAGUUCCCCACUGACUAAGGUACCACUUUCCAGAUGCCGUCUUCAGCUCCUCCCGUGCACUCAGCCCCGUCUCCAGUCUGUCCUCCAGGUCUGUCGAGUCUGCCUUUGUGCCAUCUCUCGUCUCUUCUCUCCCCUGGACCGUGGCAGACCCCCUGCUUCGUGUCUCCCCACUCCAGCCCAUCCUCCACUCAGCUGUCCAAAUGAUCUCCCUGAAGCACGGGUCCAACCAUCCCAGUGGCUCCCUCUGACCUCUGGGCUCAAACACAGAACCCUCUGGCUCCCCCCCCCUUCCAGGCCCCUUCCUCCGGGAUCGGGUGACCCGGGCCUCCCUGGGGGCGCCUUCACCCCGCUGUCCUCCAUUCCUGGAAUGCUCUCCCCCCGCCCCUGCCUUCUGGGUCCCCUGAAUCCCUUCAAGCCUCCGCCAAUGAUCCGCCUUUGCAAGAAGCCUUCCCUGCUCUCCCUUCAUGCCGGUGCCUUCCCCUGGUUGUCUGACGUUUGUCCUGUAUAUAUCGUUUGUACAGACUUGUUUGCAUGUCUUCCCCGUUCCCUUGGGAGCUCUUUGAGGGCGAGGACUGCUUCUGCCUGGUGUUUCUGUCCCCAGCGCUGCCGGGGCGGCUCCUAAUAAAUGUGGGUGGACUCGGCUCCUGAGCGCCCCCUAGAGUCUAGUCUUUGCUUUAGCCACCCCCCACACCCCAGAGAGGACACUUGACCGGCGCUUUGACAUCCUCCUUCGGGAGAGUGAAAAGAGAAAGAAGGAGAAGGGGCGGGGCGGGGAGGCGGGCCCCACGCUGCUCACGCUCACAAUUCUUACUCGCCCGAACGAGGCACGACUUGCCGGCCCUUUGCUCCUGCGGGUGAGCCUCCCGUCCGGUCCAGUCCGGCCCUGCUCGGGUGCCCCCGCAGGGCUGGCCCCCUCGCCCCUGGGGAGGUGGUGGCCGGAAGGGAGGACCGGCUCUCCUGCUUGCUCAUUCACGCCGAGAUUAGCCGGAAGCCGGAGAAGGACGAGCCGAGUCCGACCGGCUGAGCCUUGGAAGUGGACUCGAUGGGCCCCGCGAUGGCGAAGCCCUAUUAAGCCAGCCGAAGCGCCCAAGGACCAGAGCUGGUGCUGAGGACGGGCCUGCGGUCGGGGAAGGUCUGUGUGUCUUAACAGUGUGCAGAGCUGUCUCGCCAUUGGGACUCCUUGGCCAAGGGCGGGGGCCGUCCUCGAGGAUCCCGAGGGGGGGCUUGCGCCAUCCGCGGGAGAAAAGGCCCAGCUCCGUGGAAGCGUUGGACAGAGGCAUCAGCGCGGUCCAGAAGAACAGCUCCAGGCCCUCCUCCAGUCCACAAGAGCAACAUCUUGGCCAGUUUACUAGGAAUCGUUCAGAAGCUUUAAAAAGCGAACGAGAUCUAGAAGAGUCAAAGAAUUGGCCUAGUAGAGAAAGGGAGAACAAAGAGGCAGAAGCCACCAUUUCUGAUAACUGGUGAGCAUGAGGAAACGGCACAAGGGAUGGAGGAAGCCCGUCUCCGAUGAACCUCGUUCUAAUCGGAAUUGGACAAAGGAGGAUUGAGUACUCCCAUACACGGUUUGUUCUAGAAAUAUAUUAAACUCAGGAUAACCAGGUGGCACCAUGGAUAGAGCCAGGCCUGGAGAUGGAAGGUUAUGGGUUCAAAUUUGGCCUUAAAUACUAAGCUGUGUGACCCUGGGCAAGUCACUUAACCCAAAUUAGGUAGCCCUUACAGCUCCUCUGCCUUGGAACUUAAUAUCAACUCUAAGACAGAAGGUACGGGUUAAAAAAUAAAUAAAUAUAUUAAACUCAAGGGGGAAACAAACAGGGAUGGGGAUAGGAGUAGUUUAGAAGAAGAUGGUACCAAAGUGGGAAUUAUUGUCAAGCACAACAAACUUCCUGAUACAGAAUUAAAAAUUUAAACAGAAAAGAGAUGAGGAAAAAAAUAGAAAAACAAACAAAAAAGCAUAGAACUAGAAUCUAAUGGGGUGUCUUGGAUUGCCGGUUAAAUGAUUGAGGCAUGACUGGUCAGAUUUUGGUAUAGGAAUGAAUUGAAAUGUUACUGUACUGUAAGAAAUGACAAAAAUGAUACUGCAGGAAAUCCUGGGUGGUAUGAACUGUUAUAGAAGUAAGCAAAACCAGGAGAACGAUUCACAAGGACCACAGCAGAAAGAGAAACAACUAUGAAAUACUUAAGAACCCCGAUGAAGGCAAUGACCAACCGUGUCACUAGAGGAACUGUGAUGAAGCACAUUCUCCACCUCUUGACAGGUGAUGAACUCAAACUACAGGGGAAAAAACACAUUUUUGGACAUGGCCACUGCGUGUAUUAAUUUUGUUUGACUAUGUUCAUUUGAUUCAAGGGGUUUUUUCCCCCUUUUCUCUGUUUUUAAUUGGGAAAGGCUUGGAGAAAGGGUAUCAAUAUUGAUGAAAGAAAAAAGACCAUUAAACUUUUUUUUUUAAUGCACAGAAGAGAAAAGGGAGUUUAGAAGGAAGCACAAACGAGCAGGACAAUUUUGAAAGUUAUGUGUGAGGGGCAAGCUAGGUGGCUCAAUGGAUUGAGUGCCUGGUCUAGAAAUGGGAGGUCCUGGGUUCUAAUAUGACCUCCAACACUUCCUAGCUUGUGUGACCCUGGUCAAGUCACUUAACCCCUGUUGCCUAGCCCUUUCUGCUUUUAUGUCUGGGAAUAGAUAGAUACUUGAUACUUGGUAUUGAUACUAAGACAGAAGGUAAGGGUUAUUUUUUUUUAAAGUAAUGUGUGAAAAUAGUCUUUGACAUAUAAAUAGCCAUCUGAGUUGGGGGAGGGAUACUGGGAGAAAUUUAAGUGAUGAAAAAGCAAAAUGUAUCAAUAAAAUUUUAUUAAAAAAAGAAUGUGUGAAAUUUGUUAUAUACAUUAAAAAUAAGCAGUGUGAUAUGGUAAUUAUGACAUCAUAUACAGUCUUCUUUUUUGCAUUUUGUGGUGUAAAUAGAAAUGAGUUUCUUGGUGUUUAUAUUCAGAAUAAAAAUUUUAAUUAAAAAAUUUA